ACCAGCAUUGUUGGAUUUUUGUCUGGAUUUUUUUUUCAUUCAUUCAUCCAUUUUUUCCCGUGUGUAAUCAGUGUUUAUCAUCAUCAUCAUCAUAGUGAUCUUUUCGUUAAUGUCCUAAUAAUAACAACGAAUUUAAACAAAACAACAACAACAACAACAACAAAAUUAUGUUGAAUCCAAAAAAUCGUCAUAUGGCCAUUUUGGCCAUUGUUUUAAUCAUUAUUGUUGCAACAAUUUUAACACCAGAUAAUGUUGAAGCAGGUAAAAAGAAAAAAAUGAUGAAAAAAUUGAAAAAAUUAGCAAUGAUGGCAUUGAUGGCUAAAGCACAGAAAAAAAUUCUAAUACCAUUGCCAUUGCCCCUUCCAGUACCGGUUCCUGUUGUUCAUAAGAAACAAAAAGUUUAUACAAUGCAACCAUAUCAAGAUUCUUAUGGUGGUGGUGGUGGAUAUGAUAUGGGUAGUUAUGGUGGGGGUGGUGGCGGCGGCGGUGAUUCUUAUGGAGGUGGCGAUAAUGGUGGCAGUUAUAGUGGUGGUGGAGGUGGCGGCGGCGGAGGUGGAUAUUAACAAUAAUGAAGAAGAAGAAAAAGAUUUUCAUUUCGAAACUUUUUUAUCAUCAAAAAAAUUAUAUUUUUUCAUCUACUUAGUCGUUUUUUUUAAUCAAUUCAUCAAAUCAAAACUGCUCUCAUCAAUCUUGUUAUCUCAAAUUUUUUUCAUUUUGCUCCCCAAAAUCAAUCAAUCAAUCAAAACAAACAACAAUCACAUCAUCCGAUAUUUUCGAACGCACAAAACAAAACAUUCGAUUUCUUGUUCCGAUUUUUCAUUUUUAUCGUUGGUUAUGUGUUCGUUCAAUUAUAAGAUUCUCUUUUUUUUGUAGUUUUUUUUCAUCGUCAUUUCCAAACAAUAUAGAUCCUCAAAAUAUUCAAAAUAUUCAAUUCAAUUCAUACCAUUUGUUAUUGUAGUAUUUCUAUUCAUAUUAUAG